GCUCGCUCUUUCUCUCCCUCGCCCCGCGACUACGACGACGACAUGGUUUCUCCGUCGUAGCUCCACGACGUGUCGCUUCGCGCCGCGAAUUUUACCAUCGUUUUUUGCCUACCAAAGCCGCGAAUUCGACGUACUAGUGCCGAGUUGAGCUUCGGUUGAUUAACAGGUUGGAAGGUGAGAAGAGGAUAAGGGUUGGAGGUCGAGCGGUGGACUGUGUGCGACGAUGGCCUCGUUUCGCCCGAGCUGACUCUCUGCGAAGCAGAAGCAGCUGAGAAGAAGAAGAAGAGGCGGCGAAGCGAGAGAGAAAGAGUUGAAGCCCCUCUACUUACAUCUGCUCCGCUGCCGGCGACGAGAGGGUAGUCGGCGCGGCGCACUCGGGAGGGGCUUGCGCGCGGCUGACUCAACCUGUCCUUCUCGUCGUCGUCGUCGUCGUCUCGAUAAGACACAAGUCUGUUAUACUAAACGAGUAUACCUGCGCGAGUGGCGGAGAUUACAGUGCGCGAGUGACUCAUAUAUCGUAUACACGCGCUGUAUAGAGAGAGAGAGAGAGAGCACAUAGUGAGUGCGGAAGAAUCGAAGAUGAAGCUCGAGGAGGUGUCAGGUCGUACCGUGCCGAGAAUGUCAUGAGCGAGGGGAGCAUGGCAUAAUUUUCCCCGCGCGCGGUCUAUCGACCGCCCGAGCAGUAGUCCUUCUCUCUCACACCUACAUACACGACACUCGUACACAGGCAUACAGUUAUAGUAUAGACACUGUACACGUAUAUUGACGCUGCAGCGGAGAAGUUGCAAGAGAAAGAGAGGAAGCGGCUGUGCUUGCAGCCAUGAACCAGACGCUUCUUCUGUGUGUGUCCGCACAGAACGGAUGACUGGGAAAACUGCAAAAGAAUGGGAAUUGCUAAUUAGCUGUAUAGUUAACAAUCGCAGACGACGAGGCUACGCUGAUCACGCAUGACGAACUAAAAAUUCAAGACUACUAUAGGCGUAUACUGGUAUGUAAUCAGCAAGCAUGAACUCGAGAGUUCCCUGCAGUGUACGAUCGAAUCAAUCGGUUAUGCCUGACCAAAUAACACUGCUGAACGCCAGCUUCUUGUGGACCAUAGACAAUUUUAGUAGACUUAAUUGUCAGAAUGAAAUCGUCUCGCCGAAGUUUCUGAUAAACAGCGAUGACCACCUUCAAAUGCAACUGUUCUUAUUUCCAAAAACGAAUGGCGAACAAACCAACUCGUCGGUGGAAGUCGAAUUGGUCAGUCCUUUGGUGCCCAAGUAUCAAUCCAGGUUUAUUUUUUCCAUAAUCAACAGUAAAGAUGAGAAGAUUAAAACUUGUAGUCUUGUCAGUGAUAUAAAAACAAACUACGUAGAGAGCAUAGCUAACUUUAUCAAUAUCAAUCAUGCCAAAGAACCUGAAAAUGGUUUGAUAGUCGAUGGAAAUAUCAGAAUACUGUGCGAGAUUGAAACUAUUGGAGGCAACUUCCAAAAGCUGUCCAGAGAGUCUGCAUCUAAAUUCCAAUUGUCGAAAGACAUGGAAUUCUUCUUUCACAAUGAAAAAUUCAGCGACGUGGUUCUGAUAGAUUCAACAGGCAAAAAGAUUCACGCUCACAAACUGCUACUGGCAGCUCGCAGCACAGUUUUUGCUGGGAUGUUCGAACACAACAUGAAAGAGAAGACGGAGGGCACUGUGACUAUUCCCAACAUCGAGUACGAUUGUUUGAAGGAAAUGCUGAGGUUCAUCUACACCGGCAAAGUUGAAAAUCUUGAAAAUUUAGCUGUCGAUCUCCUGUCAGCAUCCGACCAAUACGCUCUUCAUGAUUUGAAGGAAAUGUGCGAAUCCGUUCUCUCCUCCACUGUCACCACUGAGACUGCCAUAGCAACUCUUGUGAUAGCCGAUAAGCACAGUGCCAGUAUACUCAAAUCGGAUGUUCUGAAGUUCAUUGUCGAUAACUCCAAAGAUGUCAUUGCUACAGUGGGGUUCCAGUCCCUGCAAAGCUCACACAUUGAUCUCGUCAAGGAAGUUCUAUGCGCUGUAGUCAACGCCCGCGCGAUUAAUUGAGUUUGAACAGUCACGAUAACGUUGGCGCUCAUAUUAGACUUUGUGAUACUUAAAACGUGUCUCCCUAUAAUCUCAAAAUCAUUGAAUGUCUUUCAUUGUAGAAAUAAAAAAAACGAGUAAAAGCAGAUAA